AAAUUUGAAAGAAGAUGGCAUCUAUACAAUUCGGAAACAACAGACUUUCUCGCUAGAAUAAGCAAAAGUUAGAAAAAGCAAAAUCACUCAAAAUCGGAAUUAAUUUUGUAUAUACAAUUAAAAGUUAAUGUAUUUGAAUAACUACACAUUUUGGUAAAAGCCGACAACAUAAUGUAGAAUAGCAAGUAAUGGUUUACCCAAGAUUUAACUUAAAAGUACUUUUUGGUAAAAGCAGUGUUUUGUGAUUGAUUUUUGUAAUGUUUGAUGUAGGUGUUUUUGCAUUUUAGUUCACGCAGACCUACAUACAUAGCUAUAAGGGAAGGCCUCAAUUUGAUUAAUUAUUAUCAAGUAUGAUUAUCAUGUUUGACCGUGUUGUCUCCUAAAUGUAUUCAAACAAUAAAAGUUGUACUGAAACACAACUUCGCAAUUAUAUCAUGAACUUAAACCUAUCAGAUGAACGCAUUAUAUCCAAUGUCAUUGUCAAAUAUAGUUGAUAAACAUGAGUUUCCGAAAAUUGUCCUUUAAAAGAAACAUUGAGUGUAUCGUAUAUAUAUAAAUAUAAUUCAGAACUAAAAUUUUACGCAUGCUCAACUUAUAUAAGAAGUUAUUUUUGCUGAUGUAGAAACUCAUUGGACGAAUAAGAGUCUUGUGAACAGCAAGGAAAGGGAGACAUGGAAAAAAAUAAAUUGACGAAAAGAGUUAAAGAUAUAGAAAAUGAUGUCAAAAAUAUGGCAAUAAGUGGACCAGAUAGUAAAGGCAGAGAGUGUUUGACAGAAAAGAAUGCUGAUACAUGGCGUGUCCAAACGCGUUCAACAACAAAAACGACUCCAGAUGAACAAAUUAAAAGAUUAAGAAUAAUGUUUGAGUCAGUGGAAGAUAUGCUGAAUUCUCCUGAAUAUGACAAAGACCUUCAAGAUGAAUUGUCUGCAGCGUGUCCAAACUACAUGUCAGUUUUCUUAACAUCAAAACGAGAUUUAUUGAGAAAUGAUUGUGGAAUCGUCGUGACAGGAGAAACAAGUGCUGGUAAAACAACUCUCAUAAAUCAACUUGUUAAAAAGAAGGUUUUCGUCACAAGUAAUUUGGCAGCUACUGGUACCAUCACCAGAAUUCGGGACUCAGAAACGAUGGCAGUAAAAUGUUAUACAAAAGACGAAACUUUAAAGAAGGAGGAAGGAGUACAAGAUGUAAAAAAACUGAGAUCUGUUAUUAAAGGACUUACUGAUAUAAGUAAAAUCCCGGAGGAUUUAAAAGACAUAUAUUAUGUAGACGUCUACUUGCCAGUGGCAAUUUCAAAGGGAAACGUUGUUAUUGUGGACACACCUGGUAUAGGAGAUAAUGAAAAGUUGGACAAUAUACUUUUGGAUUUCUUGCCACAUGCAGUCUCUUUUGUGUUUAUAGUAAAUGCAAAAAAUGCAGGUGGAAUACACGAAGACAGGCUUUCAAAAAUUUUGAAAACAAUCAUGGACAAUCGAGAAAACAUGCCUUGCUUUGAUCCAAGGGAAGUCAUGUUUCUAACGAAUCAGUGGGAUAUCAUCGACAAUGACGACUCCUUAUCAGACGACGACGAAGACGAAGAAAGCGAAGAAGAUGAUCAGCAUACACAAACAUGGAAGCUCAUUCAAAGCAAAUUGAGCAAGGGCUGGGGUUGGUUUAAUGUUGAGAAUGUAUUCCGUAUAAGCUUAAAACAGGUUGAAAAAGGGGUCAGCAAUUUCUUUACUGAUGAAUACAGAAGGUUCGAAACUUUGUUAAAGGAAACGAUACAUAAAAAUGAAAAUAAAAGAGUGGAAUUCUACUACAGGUUUUUGAAAAAUUUCAUCCGAAAUGCUGAGAGAGGUACACUAGCUAGGUUAAAACUAUUGGAGCGAUCAGAAGACGAACAGCAGCGAAUCAUGGAUCAAAACAAUGCUAAGAUCCGAGAUUUAGAAAUGAAAUGCAAGCAGUCAAAAAUAGAAUUAGAAUUCUAUAAAACCGAAAUAACUUCACAGCUUGCAGAAAAACUAUAUGCCUACCUUUACUCAAGUCAUGGACGGGAAGAAAUUUUGAAUCCUCCUGGUGAAACUAAAAUAUGGGAUGUCUCGUACAGAUCAGUUGGGCAAGAAGUGCAAUCACGACUUCAGAGUGGAAUCAAUCGAUGGUGCGAUGGUCAAGAAGUAAAAUCAAUUAUUGAAGAUGCAGACACAAAAAUCAGAUUAAGUGUCAAUGAUAUAGAGUCGAAACUGCUGGAAAUUGAGAUUGAGAUGACAGGAAUAGACCCAAGAGUCGAAGGCAGUCGCGUUAUUCUCGGACUUGGUCUUAGUCUUGGGCUUCUCUUUUUACCCUUUUCAAUUGUACUUACGUUUGUUUUUGCUGUGGUAUUUGCACCCUUAUAUAUAGCUUGGGGCUGGGUUAUUGGGUCGGCAGGUGUUCGUAAAAAGGCAGAUGAAAUUUAUGAUGAGUGUCUCGGGAAGAUAUCAAAGCUUGAAUUACAGGAAAGUUUCGAAAAAUCAUUUGGUGUCGAAUACGGUAAGGUGAUUAUUCGUAUUUUUGAGGAAAGUGUGCCAAAGGUAAUAGAAAGUCUUUUAAGUACAAAUAAAAAGCUUCAUGCCGAGCACAAGGCUAUAAAACAAAAAAGUAAAUCAUUCAUGCGAUUAAAAGGUAAAAUUCAGAAAAUCCAGACAGCAACCGAAAAUUUUGAAAGGGAUUUUGAACAGCUUCAUUGACUUUGAUUGUGUCGACUAACAUGAGGAUGGUGUCAAAGAUAAAACAGCAUGAAUGUGUUAUCCUUUUUCAAUUUGUACAAGUCUUUUAAAGUGUUUUCCUAAGAUUAUCCAUAUACAGACAUUUUAGAUACAGUCUUAGAUAAUUGAUUUUUUUAUUAGUUGUUAUUGGCUUUGCACUAGCUGUCAGUAUCUGCGAGUGCUCGUAGAUCUGUAUUUACUUUCUUUUUAGUCAUUAUGGAUGAGGGAUUGAUGAGGGAUUGAUAUAUACCCUGCCACGUCCGGUCCUGUGUUUUUGUUUGAUGUUUAUCCGCUUUGUAUCGAUCUGAUGAGUUAAGCCUUUUUCAACUAAUUUUGAAGUUUGUUCUCAUGUUGUGCUGUUACACCACUGUCGUAGGUAAGGGAGGUUGAGUGUUCACAAAAAUGUUUAACCCCUCCACAUACUUUGUGUGUUUGUCCAAAGUCAGGCGUCAGUAGUUUAGUGGUUGUCGUUGGUUUAGGUCUGUCAUAUUUGUUUUUCAUAUAUUGUUUUGUAAUAGAUCAGACUGUUAGUUUUCUCAGUCGAAUUGUUUCAUAUUUUUUAUGUCAGGGCCUUUUAUAACCAACAAUUCAGUAUGGAUUUUUCUCAAUGUUGUCGACCUGAUGCAUAUAAUUGCUUACAUCCACUUCAUUUGAUUUUUGGUGGAUAGUUGUCUCAUUGGCAAGCAUACCACAUCUCCUUAUUUUUAUAUUUUAUAUUUGAUUCACAAUUAAAAAAACUAACUUGAAAAACUAAUUUUAGUAAUUUUAGUUUGGUUUGUGAAAUGUCAUAUUCGUACAAUACGACCUCCAUAAGUAUAUUUAGUCUUACAUCAAUAAGUAAUUAAUAAUAUGAAAUUGAUGGCAUUACAAUUUACUUUUAAAGACAAUAAUUAUGGCAUUCAUAUCGCGUUCACGAACUUACUCUCCAACACAAAUUAUAUAAAGCGUUAUUAUAUUGUUCUAGAAUACAUUUCUUCGUUUUUGUUUAUACCAGAAAAAAAUCCUUUACGUGAAAAAAACAUAAAUAAUGUAUUUCAGACUGAAAAAAUAAAGUUGAUACAUUUCGUCAUUUGGAGAGGGAGAUUUUGUGAAUUUUAUUAACUUGUCUUAAUUUAAUCGGCUAACUUCUUGUAUAUUUUAAAUGACUUUUUUUUUAAAAGAAAUAAAGAUAACUUUUUUUUUUCGCAGAUUGAAAAGAAAUCAUUUACAUUUUGCUUCUAUAACAUAAAAUUACGUAUGUUGCUUGCAAAAGUACCGUGUGUUUAAGAUAAUAAUAAUAUUGUUGAGUGUUGUCAUUUUGUGUAUACAACUGCAAGAUUAUUAAGGCCCGCCAAAUAGUGAUGGUGUUGCCCUAAGGAUUUAAAUCUUCUCUGUGUUUCUUUCCGUCAGUCAGUCCUUCAAUAAUGCAUGUGAUAAAUGGUAAAUAUAGUUUGCCCCAACUGAUUUCAAUAAGUUUUAUACACAUUUAUACAUGUAUAUAGAAAGGGUCAGAACCAGAAGUUGAGAAUUAAAAAUGAACAGGCAAAUCGACACCUGAAAUGACUUAAAGCAUGGCACGAAAUCUACUUAACUCAAUUUUUCCUGACGAAUUAUGACAUACGUGUUUUCCAUUUUUAUCAGUUGUAAAUUAAUAUUUAUGUACCCAUUGAAUACUUGGAGAUGUUUAAUGUUAUUUACCAUUAAAAAAAAGAUUGGAUCACAAGUAAAAUGUUUUGAAUUA